AUGAAAGAGAUUAGAUCUCAGAAUCUCUUCUCAUUGAUAGCAUUCGCUUCGUUGAUACCAUUUUCAAUUUUGACUUUGUGUCCAGUUUCCGACAAUAUCCCUCCACCAAUAUGUGCGUUUCUUUUCGACACAACCGAUUGCUCGGGCUCAUUUCAUCCGGUGCGGGAGGAUAGCGAAGAGUGGAAUAUCGAUGAAAUUUGGAAUGAUCGCAUACAAAUGGCAAUAAUUCGUCCAGACUGUUACCUGGACGUGUUCGAUGGUGUCAACUUAACGGAUAGCCAUCGAUAUUUGGGCGGUGGCACGAGCGAGGAUAAUGUUUAUCGUUUGUCGUGGUAUUCUUUCGCGAAUCGAACCAGCUCUUAUUAUUGUCAAUGUAAUCCAUGA